AGUGUGCGCCGUACUGUGCGACGACGAUGAAUCGCUUCGCAAACGCAUUCUCAGCGUGAGCACUCUUCCCCCCGCGCCCGCACACGCUCAGCCCCCACAGCGCAAUCCCCACCCCCGCCAGCUCAGACGCCGUCUCCCUCUACUCCCCCGAGCCCGCCUUCCCCCCCGCCACAGCCAGAGACGACAGGCAUCCCGCGCCCGUAUACGACGACCCCAGGUCCCCGCACCACGCCGCAGGCCAUGCAGCCCGCCAGCCCGCCCGCCCACACACCCGCCCCGCGUUCCUGCGCCACCUGACAGACGACGGCCCCCGCUCGCAGGCGUCCACCCCGCGCGGCAGGAGCGAGAGCCGCGAGCGGGACAGGAGCGUGCGCGUGAACCUGAUGGCCGCCGCUGCCACGACGGCACGGCGCGGGUGGGGGAUGAGCUCGGCGACGGGCACGACGAGGAUGAACAGGAUGGCCGAUGGGCCCGAUGGAAAGUACGCCGUCGGCGGCGGUCAAUUCUUGCGGGUCUUUCAGGUCAGCGACCCCUGCAGUGGCUCGUCCACGCCGAUCAUACAGGAAGAUCCAAAGGAAAGAACGUUGCUCGCGAGAGGACAGGGCGGAGCGACCAUAUCCGAAGUCGUCAAUCUCUGGAAGAGCAACUGGCCCGUCGGCAAGGGUGUGAAUGAUGUUAAUUGGGGUGUUGCCGCAUGGGACCACAAACUGGUGACUGCCGCUCCCAAUGGUAAUUUCAUGCUUUUCGACGUUGAAAAGGGCAGACUCGAAAAUGAAAUAUCGAGCGGUUCCUUUCGACCCCUCAACUGUGCCCAGUUCUGCCACCAGCCGUCCUAUUGCCACAUGGUCCUCAUCGGCGGAGCCGACGGCAACAUCAAACUGCUCGACCUUCGGACCGGCGACCCCCCCUCGCGUCGGCCUCUCCGUCACAGCUCCGCCAUCACUUCUUUAUGUUUCUCACCAACCGAUGCCAGCUCAUUCGUGAUCGGUCUAGACGACGGUACGAUCAAGCGAUACGAUUGGCGUAUGGCCGGGAAACAUCUGGGUACAGUGUAUGGUGCGCAUGGAAGCAAGGCCGUCAUGGAUCUAAAGUGGAAAUUGGGGGAUGAUUCAAUAGGCGGAGCAGGUGCAGGUUGGCUGGCCAGUGCAGGUGCCAACAAGAUUGUCCAGAUUUGGGAUAUGAACCAAUCAUGGGAAAAAGCCCCCACUGCCACCCAUUCUCUCCAUACUGCCCACCCUGUCCGCCGAAUCGCCUGGCGACCCGAUCACCCGACCGAGCUCCUCGUCAUCCCGCUCACCCAACCGCUCUCAUCCUCAAACUCUCUCGAUCCGGCUUUACCCGCCCCACCGCCACCCACCCCACCACCGCCACCACAUUCACUCUCCGUUUCCUCCGCCUCCACCAACAAGUUUAACAUAUCCACCACGACGCCGGACGAGACGACCAUGGAUGACGAUUCUGCACGCCUUGAAAUCUGGCACGUGAGGAGACAUUAUAUCGCCAAAUACGCCAUCCCAUCGCAGGACGGGGUGGCUGUCGAUGCGUCUUGGAGAGGAUCCGCGGGACUCGUCGUCACUUUCCAAAAUGGCGGUUUUGCACAACUCGAUAUUCCUAGAAAGCUGAAUAGUGGCUUGCUGCCCCUCCCGCUGGAUCAGAUACCGAGACAGAUUGCGGGAUGGAGUGCAAAGGGGGAUUUGUAUUUUGCCAUUGACAAAUUCAGAGCGGGUGAAGUCCCAUUCGACGAUCUGAAACCAGAAUAUGCAAAUCACUAUGAACGUCUCGGCCGACCGACCCAUUCCCUCUCCGACCCGCCCUACAUCCCUCUCCAGACAAUCGGAUCGCUCGCGCUCCCCGACACCGACCCAUCCGAAUUCGCCUUUCUCGCCAGCUGGUACCGCCUUGAAGGCAGUAUACCUGCCGAUCUGUGUGCGUGGAAUCGGGAUGUGGCGAAAUGGUGUGGGAGGGAGGAUGAUGCCCGAUUAUGGGGGUUUGUGAAAGGGUUGUUUGAAGAGUUUAUGCCUCUGCAGGAAGGGAUGGAGGCGACGUUUGUGAAUGAUGUUUGGGGGAGGGCAGGUAAGGCGUUGGCGGCGACGACGACGACGACAAUGACGAUGACGCCGCCCAAUGUCUCGCCGAGGGGUAGACAUGCUCGCCUGCCGCCAGACGACGAGCGAGAAAAAAGAGCGCACAGGAUACUACCCACCUACGCCGGUAUCCCCCUCGAACGGAUCACCCCACCCGCAUCGCCGACAUCCAACCCGUCUGAAAUCUCUGAGCGUACGCCCGACAGCGACUCUGGUUCCGACGACGAGAUUUACUCUGACGAACAGUCUGAAUCGGUCAAACCCCGUCGUUCGAAAUUCGUAUCGUUUAUCGAGCCGGGUACGUCUAGUCUUGGACUCGAUUUAUCGUCGGCAGCAAACCGUCGACGUUCAAGUUUUUCGUCGCAAGAAGGGUCACCCGUGUUUGAGAAGACGACGAAGAAGAAGCAGCAGCAGCAGGGAGAGACAUCGCCUAUCGCCAUCACAAACACAAACACGAACCCUUCGGCCGGUACCAUCUCCCACCCAAAUAGCGCUAGCAAAAAAUCCACCCUCUCCAAAAUCGCAUUCACCCCGCGCCAACACUCCCACCCCCACCCCCACCAGCACCAGCACCACCAACACCAACUUGUAUCUUCCUCCGACUGGCCCGAUCCGUAUGGUAUCAUCCCCGACCAGGUGCUUACCAGCGGUACCAUGACUUCCACCACCGCCACAUCGGGCACAAGCCGCGCGAGUACGACGACGCAAAGUAGCCCCCUCCCGGCCUUUGCGCGGAAUGGGACCAAAAAUUCCCCAAGAGCGGGGACGACAGGUCUGGCGGGGCAUGAGAUUGGGUCGGGUGUGGUGGAAGCGCCGCUGGCGGGUAGAGGAUCGGCAGAAGUCGGCGUCGGCGCUGUGGUACCCAACGGAAACGGUCCCGGUGGAAUCGCUUCCAGAGUGGGGUCAGGACAGGGGAAAGAGAUGAGGGGGAGAGAGGAAAAGUUUGAAAAAACGGAAUGGGAAGAGUAUAGGAAGAAGAGAGUGGCGACGUUGAUGACGUGGUGGGAUGGCUGUGUCGAGAAUGGUGAAAUGCAAUUGGCAACCACCAUCGCCCUCAUCGCCUCGCCGCUGGUCACAUUCCCGCCCUUCCAAGUGGAGCGUCUCGCGCACGCAUACGUCCAACUCCUCGAACAACAUCGUCUUUUCAUGUUCGCCGCCUACAUCCGACGCUUUUCAGGCAUACCUUCUUUGGAAAUCACCCCGCAAGAUGAAGGUCUGACUCAUACGUUCUUUUGCGAAAGGUGCGGGAAGAGUACCGGUAAUUUGGAAGAUAUCGAGGUGAAAGGAAAAAUAUUCUGGUGGUGUAAAAAAUGCCGAACGGGGGCAAAGAGCUGUGCUAUCUGUCGAAAGAUAAUCAAGGGCCUUUGGAUGGGAUGCCGACAGUGUGGACAUGGAGGUCAUCAAGCGUGUAUGCGGCUCUAUCACAGUCAAGCGCCUCUCAUCCCCGUUCCAUCCACAAACGGUUCAAACCCUUCACAUACCCCGCACGCUCUUCUCAACACAUCCUCGUCUACGUACAACCAAAGCGCCGGCUCCAAUUUUACCACGCUUUCUACUACAGACGGCGCAAAUGCCGAUCCGGUGGAAAAGGUCGAUGGGGUAGAGGCCGACGGUAGGUUUGCGCUAUGCCCAACGGGUUGUGGAUGUCGAUGUCGGCGUAUUGGGACCGCGAAUACUGCGCAUGAUUAAUGUUGGGAAAAAAAGGGACAUUAUUGGGUGAUAGAUGCAUUUUGUAUGUACAGAUAUGGGAUGUAUAAUGGAUGUAGAAUCGUCAAAAGCAA